UCACACUUUUGUCUCACGAAGUAGAAGUAAUUACUAUGGAAGAAAAGAACAAGAACACGUACAGUAUAAUUGUUCCAACUUACAACGAACGCCUCAACAUUGCUCUCCUCGUUUAUCUCGUCUUCAAACAUCUCCGGGAUGUUGAUUUUGAAAUAAUCGUGGUCGAUGAUGGGAGUCCUGAUGGUACACAAGAAAUUGUAAAACAAUUGCAGCAAUUGUAUGGAGAGGACCGUAUUCUGUUAAGACCUAGACCGAGGAAACUUGGGUUAGGGACUGCUUAUGUUCAUGGGUUGAAGCAUGCUUCUGGAAGUUUUGUUGUAAUUAUGGAUGCUGAUCUCUCUCACCAUCCCAAGUACUUGCCAAGCUUCAUCAAGAAACAGUUGGAGACUGGUGCAGAUAUAGUUACUGGAACCCGUUAUGUUAAGGGUGGGGGUGUACAUGGGUGGAAUCUUAUGCGAAAGCUUACAAGUAGGGGGGCUAAUGUCCUUGCACACACGCUUUUAUGGCCUGGUGUAUCAGAUCUUACUGGAUCGUUCCGGCUUUAUAGGAAAUCAGUGCUUGAAGAUGUCAUUAGUUCCUGUGUAAGUAAGGGAUAUGUCUUCCAAAUGGAGAUGAUUGUUCGUGCUUCUAGAAAGGGAUACCGAAUUGAAGAGGUACCAAUUACUUUUGUUGAUAGAUUAUUUGGAAGUUCAAAGCUUGGAGGAUCAGAAAUUGUUGAAUAUCUGAAAGGUCUUGCAUAUCUUCUAGUCACAACAUAAAAGCCAUUUCAGGUUAAGAAGAUGGAAAGCACCUUUCUUUCUACAAGAAUCAGAACACUUUGUUUUAUGAAGUGUGAGUGGGAGAGAAGGGAUUCCGAAGUGUGUAGUGGGAGAGAAGGAUUUCCUAGUCGGGGUUUAGAAUAUUUUGACUCUUCAUUUUUCAUUUCUUUUCUUUUUUUCAUAUUGCUAAAGUGAUAAAGAAGGAGAAAUGUUAAGCUUUUUAUCAUUCUCACGUCAAGUUAUUUUUAUAUAGGACUUCCCUUAUAGUAUUGUCAGGGGUGAAUUUUGAGUUAAAUCAAGUUUAAAUUUGGAUUAA